UUUUGGGUUUUUUACCUUGCUAGGUCACCAGAGAACGAGGGGAUGACGGCCUCGCCAGGAUGGCCCGUUGCUGGUCCGUCUCGCAGCAGCCAGGAGCAGUCGACGUCGGCGCUGGCCCGGGGCAUGUCCUUCUCGACAGACUAUGCGACGCGCGAGCAGCCGCUACGGCUGCGCAUCGCGACCACGACGGGGUACGGCUCUCCUGCUGCUGCUCCGCGCCGCCAGUUCCUGCUGCCGUGUGUGCCCAGCGCGCCGAUCGCGUCGCUCAAGGCGCGAAUCGCAAGCAUCAUCGGCGGUUUCCCUGGAGGCGAUCGAGAGCUGCGGACAGAAGAUAUCACCUUGCUCCUGCAGGGCUACGAGAUCGUCGACGACGGCGUCGUGGGCGAUGUGCUGCGCGACGACGACAUCGUGGAGGUGACAGCGUCGGAGCAAGGGGAAAGGCAGCGCUCGUCUUUAGGCUCACAGGAACCAAGCUCGUGCGGCGAAGGGAGCCGGCGGACGCAGAAGAGGAACCGGCAGCGAAGGCGUCUCAAGCAUGCUGCCAAAGAGGAGAAUGGCGACGGAGAAAUGAGUGACCAGCUGGGCAGUGCAGAGAGCGGAGACGGAGAUGAAGGCGGGGACGAGGAGAAGCCCCUCAUGGCUCAAGCGGCCAGGAUCGCUGCUCUGAUGAAGAGCGAGAUCGCCAUGGACAAGCCAGCCAAGAAGAAACAGCGCCUUGACGCACAAGAGGACGAGGAAGAUGACUUUCCCAGGCCACCGACGGGAGUAUCUGCUCUUCCAGGCCUCUCGAUGAUGCCCUUGUCAGCUCCCAGUGCAGCAGGUGGUGGCGCAGCCGCAGCGAUGACUGCGUUCGAGGAGCGCAGACGGCAGAUGGCCCAGAGGCAAAAGGCGGCCGCCUCGACAUCAAACAUAGACGCAGUCACAGUGGCAUCAAUCGCCCGCUCCUCGUCGGCGUCAUCUGUCUCAGACGAUUCGUCGUCAGAGUCGGAGUCGUCUUCUUCCUCGAGCGAAGCGUCCUCUUCAUCCUCAUCGUCCUCAUCGAGCGACUCAAGCGAAUCGUCAGGCGACUCCUCGAGCGAAUCAUCAUCGUCUGACGAAGAGUCAAGCAAGCAAGAGCCACGGCUCACCGGGAAAGAAAAUGGUACAAAUCACGGGAGCCACGCAAAUACAUCGACGCGACAGCGCCUUGACACACCUCCUGGCGGCUGGGUCGCGCCAGGCAACGGCACAUCUCGCACGAAGCGAGCAAACCGAGCGAAGCGGGAGAAGCUGCUGAAGCGCAGGGCGGAAGAGCGGGAGGUCACUUUUGCCGAGGCAAAGGAGAGGGCAGAGAAGAGGCAGAGGGGCGAGGAGGUCGAUGAGGACGAUACAGCCAGGGGCUGGAUGGUGGACAAGAAGGCGGCGGCAGCGGCGGCAACGAGGACACAGCACAGUCGACCUGCUCCUCAGGGGAAUGGAUGGCAGCACCUCGACGAGCACCUCCUGCCGCCUGGUGGGGGCAGCUUUGGUAUCGUACCCCCACCAAAGGCUCCAUCGCACCACUCGGACUCGGACUCGGACUCUGAGUCCGAGUCCGAGUCAGAGUCUGAAUCAGAAGCAGAUGACGAGGACGAGGCUAUCGAAGCAAAAGGGCCCAAGGAAAAGCCGGCGACCAAGAAGGACGUGGCGGUGGUCGUCUCAAAGCAGAAGUUUGAGCAAGUACCCUGUCCCUCGCAGCGCAACGAGCCCGUGCCAGCAGGCGUCCGCUUGACUAGUGUCAACUGCCAGGACCUUUAUCUCCGCACUGUUCUCAACGCCGAAGUGGGCGACGUUGGAGGAGAAGCGCAAGACAAAGAGGUCAAUGUCGCAGCGAGCAUGUACAGUGACGCAUACAAGCAAUUUGUUGCCAUGGGACGCGCCCAGCUCGCGCGGGAGAAGAAGGGCGAGGAAGACGACGACGACGUUGCAGUGGACGAGCCUGCACAGCUGCAUCCGGAUCUGCCGAUGCAGUUUGGAAAGACGCCCAACUGGAACGGUCAGGAGGCAGUCGUAGCUCUGCCGCUGCAGCCGCCGCCGCCACCACCUCCACGGGCAGCCGUUGUCGCGGCUGAUGCCAUGGCAAAGAUGGGCCUGCCGACGAGCUUCACUGGCAGUGUCGUGCGAGAAGAGGUCCAAAAGGACCUCGGCGACGGCGAGCUCGACUACGGAGAGCCAGAGGUGUUCCAAAGGCCAAAGAAUGGCACCGUCGCCGCGGUCGCCAACGGUGCACACGUCGGUCUCAACGGCGCUGCCUCGGCGGCCCCACAAGGCAGCGAUGGGAGCAACGGCAAGGUCAACAAAUCUCCUACAUUGAUCAAGGCAGACCUGAAGCGUCUGCGAGAACUGCGCAAGAAUCUCGAGGAUGAGAUAGGACAGCUGAGGCAGAAGCAGGCCUCGGCAUCGCUCUGAUGAAGAAGGCACAAUUGUAGCAAUAACAGACAAGCAGCAGAUAGUAUUACAAUGAAUCAACCU